UCUCUUUUCUGCUGAAACCCUAAAAAUGGAGGAAAUCGAGAAUUCUUCAACGCCACAAUCUAUGGAUCGAGAAGUUGAUUCGAUAGAUUCAUCGUCUAAUUCGCAAUCUAUAGUUAAUUCUUCUCAUAGAAAUUUAGCGAUCGAGAGAUCAAGAUCGUCAUUUCUAAAUGAGCAUCAAACUUCAGUUUCUCAACCUCUACCUUCUCCUAUUUCAGAUCUUAGAGCUUCACCUCAAAUCGAGGCUUCUCAACCCCUAACUUCAGCAAGAGAGCAUUCAGGUUAUAGAUCGUCGGCUCCUGUUGAUAGAUCUGGAGAUGUUCCUGAAUCUUCUCAUCCUUCACUUAGAACAAAAAGAAGAGAAGAUGAUCCAUCUUCAAUUGCUGAUUCAGAACCUUCACCUUCAGAAGGAGGAGCUGAUGAGUCAACAGCUGAAAUCACUCAGCCGGUACAGGAGUUGAUCAAUAACUUGAAGGAUCUCCACAAAGAAUUAUGUUCUACAAAGGGGGUCAGCUGGUUUGUUGGCGGAGGAUUUAAACUCAGCAAAGAUGCUCUAAAAGUAUUCAAAUCCAAGUUCACUCCAGAUAAAAAGAAGAGACCUAACUGGAUGACACGCAAUUCGUAUAGAGGAUUCAAAGAACAAAUGCGGAAGUUUAGAUUUAAGAAACCGCCGCCUGUUUAUAAUUCAACAUACAGGCAUGAUCAACAUGAGUUCGUACACAAGGAUUUCAAAAGACAUGAUCCUGAUAUUGUAUCCAUAGUGUUGAAUCGGAGGACUGUUUGUAAAAACAAAGAACCUCCAUCCCCAGAGAUCAGUUCUGGAGGUCCUCUGUUACAGUCCGAUGACUCCCUCUAUUCAGACGACUCACUCUCUUCUUCGUCACCAUUUCAAGCGCAUCAUUCUUCAGCAGGUCAAGCAGCUAGUGGAGCGUUAGAGUAUGGUGAUGAUAGUACUAAGCUGGAAUUCCUUGAAGGGUUUCAUUCGUAUCUUCGCGGAGAAGAAGAUGAAGGUGUCACAGUCGAAAAUGGUUUUUUAUUCACAGUUCGCGCAUAUGAGAGAUUCAAGUCGCUCAUCCGUCUUCCUCCUGGCGGCGAGAAACCGAGGUGGUUGAGUAUCACUGAAGAGAGUCAAUUUUUUGAUUUAAUGCGGAAUUUUGUAAGUGUUUCUCUCAAACUCGUGACUAUCUGUUUAUUUUAUUUUUGAUCAAGCUUAAAAACUUGUUGGAAUUGGAAUUCGAAGUGAUGUUGGUAAAUUUGGAUGUGAUUGUUGUAGCAAGCGGCUUAUGAACUUAAGCCUUGUUGAUGGAAGGUUUUUGUCUUGUGGAGACAUUGAAACAAACAUUUAGAAAUGUGUAAUGAGCAAUUGGGAUCAGUACCACCGUAAUCCAGCAGAGAUUAUGUGUCCAUGUUAU